ACCGGAAACGGAACCUGUGUCUAUUCCGGUGUGGUCGGUCGCUGUUUGCUGCAGCUGCGCUUUAAAACAUCGGAACCAGGUUCUGGAGUCACAACGUCCGUGCAUCAACACACCGGUGAAAUAAACAGCAAUGGCCCUCGAGUCGCGGAUCACGCAGGAGGAAAUCAAGAAGGAGCCGGAGAAGCCCAUCGACCGGGAGAAGACCUGCCCUCUCCUGCUGCGAGUCUUCACCACCAACAGUGGGCGACAUCACAGACCAGAUGAGUUUGCUCGUGGCAACGUUCCCUCUAGCGAGCUUCAGAUAUACACAUGGAUGGAUGCUACUCUGAAGGAGCUGACCAGCCUGGUGAAGGAAGUGUAUCCAGAGGCCAGGAAAAAGGGAACUCACUUCAGCUUCGCCAUCGUGUUCCCCGAUCCCAGAGGGAAAGCAUACAGGUUGAAAGACAUCGGCAGCACUGUAUCCGGCAGGAAGGGAGCAGAUGACUCCAUGACGUUGCAGUCUCAGCGCUUCCAGAUCGGAGACUAUCUGGACAUCGCUAUCACACCGCCGAACAGAGCCCCACCCCUCAACACACGCAUGAGGCCUUUCUGAACACGCAUACAGACAAACACAUGUAAACACAAAGCAAUGCCCUCAACUCUGUUUUUGUUUUCUCUUUUGCAUCAUCUUGGAUAGUUUUAUGCCUCAUUUUGUAAAAUGUGACGUGUAAUAAAGUUGACAUUUUUUUCCAAA